AUGAAUCUAUUUAUGGGGGAAUCCCCAGCUCAUGUGUUUGUCAUAAGAUCAGUUCAGUUUUACGUUGUGAGGUUUCACGAGUAUGCAGUAGUAUUUUUCGAGUGGAUAAAAUUCGUUUUACGUCUAUUAUACCUCGUCAUCUUUAUUGCUAACAAUAUGUCGUCAAAAAGAACUCUUAAACCUUGAUCUCUUGAUGAAAAUAUAGACUUUCAAAAGAAGUGUUGAAAGUAGUGGUGCGUAUGGAAGUCCCAAAUGUCUUUUUCAAACCAUUCAAUACAGAUGAGAUAAUUAUGCAAUCACAAAAUAACCGAAUUUUUCAGUGCUUUCGGUACGUAGAUGAUGAAAGGUUAACUAUUAAACCAAAUAUUGAAGUUGAUGAACAAUUUGUAAAAGAAAAUGGGGAAUCUGAUAAAGCAAUAGAAACUCCAAAAAAAUAUGAAAAUGAGAAACUAUACAAUUUGAAAUCAAAUGAGACUCCCAAGGAGAUUAAUCCAAAGAAAUAUGAAUGUGACUUGUGUGAUUAUGCAACAGCCCAAAAGGUGAAACUUAAAAAGCAUGUAGAUACAGUUCACUUGAAGAUAAAGCAAUACGAGUGUCAACUAUGUGAUUACACUACACCUUUAAAGGGCCCCCUAAAAUAUCAUAUCCAAAGAGUUCAUUUGAAUUUAAAGAAAAAUGAAUGUCACAUAUGCGGUUAUGCUACAUACCAAAAUUGCCACCAACAUCAUAUAGAAUCGGUUCAUUUGAAUAUGAAGCUGCAUAAGUGUCACCUUUGUGAAUUCGCUACAUCUGAUGAGACAAACAUUAAGGAGCAUAUAGAUUCGGUCCAUUUGAAUUUGAGGAAGUAUAAAUGUGAAAAAUGUGAUUUUGUAACAACACAUAAAAGAUAUUUAAGACGACAUGUGAAUUCAGCUCAUUUAAAGAAAUUUGAAUGUCACCUAUGUGAUUAUGGUUCAGCUCAAAAGAGAUAUCUUAGAGCGCAUAUAGAAUCAUUACAUUUAAAUUUGAAAAAAUACAAGUGUCACUUAUGCGACUAUGCAAGUUGUCGAAAACAGGACCUAAAACGUCAUAAAGUAUCGAUUCAUGCAAAUGAAAAGAAACAUAAGUGCCACUUAUGUACUUAUGCAACAGUUCGAAAAGAUUAUCUAAAAAAUCAUGUUGAAAUAUUACAUUUCAAUAUUAAAAAACAUAAGUGUCACUUAUGUGGCUAUGCAAGCGGUCGCAAGGGAGAUCUUAAAUCCCAUGUUGAAACAAUUCAUUCGAAUAAGAAAAAAAAAACAGUUCAUAAUAUCCGGAUGGAUAUCGAAAUGUUAAAAGUAGAAGUUGAUGAAGAUGAGAUCAAAGAAUUAUUUAAUUACAAUGCUCAGUACGUAGAUGAUGGAAGGUUAACUUAUAAAUCAAAUAUUGAAGCUGUUGAACGAUUUGUAGAAAGAAAUGAGGAAUCUGAUAAGACCAAAGAAACUCCAAAAAAAAAUGAAAAUGAGGCUUUAUCCAAUUUGAAAUCAAAUGAGACCCCUAAGAAGAAGAAGAAGGAGAUUAAUCCAAAGAAAUAUAAGUGCAACCAUUGCGAUUUUGCUUCAGCCCGAAAUGUUAACCUUAAAAGGCAUAUAGAUUCAGUUCACUUGAAGAUAAGACAAUAUGAAUGUCACUUAUGUGAUUACGCUGCAGCUGAAAAGGCCUCCCUUAAAUGUCAUAUGGAUUCAAUUCAUUCAAAAUUGAAGAAACAUAAGUGUCACAUAUGCGAUUUUGCUUCAGCUCUAAAAAUGAAUCUUAGAAGGCAUAUAAAUGCAGUUCACUUGAAUAUAAAACAUCAUAAGUGCCACCUUUGUGACUGUGCUACACUUGACCAGAAAAGUCUUGGGGAGCAUAUAAAUUCGGUUCAUUUGAAUUUGAAGAAAUAUGCAUGUCCGAAUUGUACUUAUUCCACAGCGUAUGAAGGAGGCUUAAGAAGACAUAUGAAUUCAGCUCAUUGGAAUUUAAAGAAGCAUAAAUGUCAUCUAUGUGAUUAUGCUUCAGAUCGAAAGGGACGACUUCAAGACCAUAUAGAUUCGAUGCAUCCAAAUAUAACAAAUUAUGAGUGCCACUUGUGUGACUAUACAGCAGUUCGAAAGGCAUCCCUUAAAGAUCAUAUCAAAUUCAUUCAUUUUAAUAUAACAAAACCGAAGUGUCACUUAUGUAACUAUGCCACCUCUCGUAAGGCAGACCUCAAAGCUCAUAUAGAUUCCGUUCAUUUAAAGAUGAAGAAAUACAAAUGUCACUUAUGCAAGUAUACUUCUGGUUGGAAAACGCAUAUCAAUUCUCAUUUGAGAUCUGCUCAUUCGGAAAUUAAACAACAUUAAGGUUACCUAUGUUGUCAAAUGAAUUGUAAAAAUCUAAUAUAGCCAAAAUGUGACUAAUAUUUUAUUCAAUUUAAUUUUAGAGGGCAGUAUUAGGAAUGUAUAAAGACUAUCUAGUGAGAAUACCAUAAUCUAAAAAAUACUCUAAGAAAAAUAUAAAUUAUUCUCUCAAAAAGUAUUUUUUCUAUAACAUAACCUAUUAUUUGAUAUAUCUAUGGUCGGGAAAAGCAGUUCUUGGCCAUAGACAAACUAAUCUAUCUAUCUAUGGUUCUUGGCUGUCAAACGCACAUUCAUAGAACAAAUAUAUACUUAAUUUAUGCGCACAUUGUUGUUAUGAUUGUUGCUUGAAAACAUUGCAAGCUAAAUUAAAAAAAAAUUCACAUUCUGUUUAAAAAAUAUUUAGAUGGAGAUCGAAAUGUUAAAAGUAGAAGUUGAUGAAGAUGAGAUCAAAGAAUCAACUUUUAGCUACAAUGCUCAGUACGUAGAAGAUGAAAAGUUAACUCCUAAACCAAAUAUUGAACAAUUUUUAGAAGAAAAUAAGGAAUCUCAUAAGACAAUAGAAACUCCAAAAAAAUAUGAAAAUGGGGUAUUAUCUGAUUUGAAAUUGAAUGAGACUCCCAAGGAGACUAAUCCAAAGCAACAUAAGUGUAAUUUUUGUGAUUAUGCUUCCAAUCGCAAGUCUUACGUUGAAAGGCAUAUAGAUUCAGUUCACUUGAAAAUAAAGCAUUAUAAAUGUCAACUAUGUGAUUAUGUUGCAGGUCAAAAGAGCCACCUAAAAUCUCAUAUAGAAUCAGUUCAUUUGAAUAUGAAAAAACAUAAGUGUCAUAUAUGCUAUUCUGCUUCAUUUCAAAAGGCGGGAGACCUCAAAUCUCAUAUCGAAUCAGUUCAUUUGAAUAUAAAGAAUCACCAAUGUCACUUAUGCGAUUUUGCUUCAUUUCGAAUUGCGAACCUUAGAAAGCAUAUAGAAUCGAUUCAUUUGAAUAUGAAGCAACAUAAGUGUCACCUUUGUGAGUUUGCUACAAAUUACAAGACAAACCUCGAAGAGCACAUAGAUUCGCUUCAUUUGAAUUUGAAGAAGUAUAAAUGUGAAAAAUGUGAUUUUGCAACAGCGUAUAAAGAAGGCUUAAGACGACAUAUGAAUUCAGCGCAUUUGAACUCAAAUAAACAUAAAUGUCACCUAUGUGAUUAUUGUUCAGCUCAGAAAUUACGUCUUCAAGAGCAUAUAGAAAUAGUCCAUUUGAAUAUAAAGCAGCAUAAGUGCCACCUCUGCGAUUAUGUCGCAGCUCAAAAAGGAAAUCUUAAAGCUCAUAUUCAAUCAGUCCAUUUUAACAUAAAGAAACAUAAAUGUCACUUAUGUUGUUAUGGUUCAGCUCGAAAGGUACGUGUUCAAGAACAUAUAGAAUCAGUUCAUUUAAAUAUAAAGAAAAAUAAAUGCAACUUGUGUGAUUAUGCAGCAGUUCAAAAAGGACAUCUUAAGGUUCAUAUAGAAUCAGUUCAUUUAAAUAUAAAGAAACACAAAUGUCACUUAUGCAAGUAUGCUUGCAGUCGUAAAGCAGAUCUCAAAGCUCAUAAAGUAUCCAUUCAUUCGACAGUUAAGUAACUCUACCUGAGUGAUUAUAUUACUAUUCAAAAUGAAAAUUGGCUGUUAUAACUGAUGUAAAAAAUUAAUUGAUUAUUAAAGAUUUCAGCUGAAGUGUUAAGUUCA